UAUGUGUAUAAAAGUCACAAACCGAAGAUAUUAUUCGUCUUGAGGUAUAAAUAACUUAGCGUGAAAAGAAACUGUAUUUAAAAUUAAAAUACAGUCUCGCUUGAGAUACGCUGUAUUUUCAAAGUGAUUUUCCACCCAGGGAAUGUGCUUAAAUGUUACCCUGAACGCUUUAUGAGUAAAGAAUAUGUUUUCAUUUCAUAAGUAAGAUAUAAGUAUGUAGAAAGUUAAAUUAUGGCGAAACAUGCAAACUCUACAAAGCGUUUUGCAGGCGUCGCCCUCGUGUUUGACAUUUUUGGAUUCUGUUUUAAUCUCGUAGGGAUAUUUGGACCAGCUUGGCUAGUGAAAGCAGACGACAAUCGGCAGUGGACGUUUCAUGAAGGAGUUUGGUUAGCCGAAUACUGCCAAAAUGGAACUUGCAGAGUAUCUACCAGGGAACAUGCUUUAGAAGAUAUAGGAAGAAACCAGUACAUAUCAGUUUUGGAAGAAUUCCACUGGACGCAGUUUAAAGUAUUGACGAUAAUGGCCAUUGUGUGCAAUUUUCUGGCAGUUGUUUUGACAACAAUAUUUCUUUCAAAGAAUCCUAAGAACCAGACUAUAUCUAUUAUUAUACUAUUUGCAAGCGGGAUCACAUCCCUUUCAUCAAGUAUGUUUUUACUUAUACCGGUGCUUAAACUUACUGCCGUAGAUUCAAGCAAUAGUUUUAGCGAUGCUUGGGCAAAAAUACUGUCUGCUGUCGGGGUAUUUAUGCAUUUUGCUGCAGCAAUAAGUAUGGUGUUUGCUGUUUACCAAAGUUUGCAGCAUUAUUGUGCAAUAAAACGCAUCGAAAGAUCGCGCUCUAGGCGAUUUGAGAUGGUCGAAAGAUAUAUGUCGUCACAGCAAGAUAAUGUGACACCACAACGUCAUUAUGUGUCGUCACCGCAAGAGAAUGAAACAAGAGACUCGGUGAAUCAAGCGGGGCAACAAGUGAUAUCUGUAUCGAAUGAGCGGAGAACGCUAAAUUGUAACGGCGUGACUGGUCACGCCGGAACGCCUUAUAAUAGGCCGCCACCUUAUACUGUUGCUGCUGAGUUACCAAGUUACAGUGAAAUAAUUUUGAGGUAAUCAGCAUCUUGAUCUGUUCUUGUGCCAAAUAUUGUUUAACUUUGUGUUUAAUUACAUUAAAGCAAUAAUAGGCGAUACAGUUCGAGCCAUACUUGAUUGCUAGUAAUACCACCUAAUAUCGUAAUUCAUUCGUUAAUAUGUACUCGGGUUAUAUACACAUAAACUAUACUUCACAUUAGCAUGUCUAUUUAUAUAAGCCGGCUAAAGAAGUGAUAGCUUAUUUAAUGUAUGAAAUGUUAAAGAGUAUAACUUAGUUAACCCUUAAGUUGGUUGAUACGUAAUUUAUUUAAGUUCGACAGUGUAGGAAGAGAUAAGCUUAAAGACACAAUCUCGAAUCCUUUCCUUGAACAAACCAGUACUGAGCAAUGAGUGAAGUGUCUUGCUCAUGGAAACAAACCAUUACGUGCCCUUAAAUUCUUAAUAAUUAUGUGGAUUUUUCAAGCUUACUGCUCUUAGAAUUUUCCAUUAUCAAUAUUUGGAAUAUCAAACUGAAAUUUUAAAAUUUGGUCAAUUAACAGUAUAGAGCCUAGUCAGACUACACGGACGUGCAGGCUAGCAUGGUUCUAUACUGGACAGGUGUCAAAGACUUACCCGUUUGAAGUGAACAAUAUUGAGCCUGUAGUCAAACUGCACCGUAUGGCUCUAUUCUGGACAGGUGCUAAAGACUUACCACUUUACAGUGACCAGUAUUGAGCCUGUAGUCAAACUACACAUAUGUUUAGGCUAGCCUGGCUCUGUAGCUCUGGUAGCUUGAUUACAGUCCAAUAUGUAUGUAUAUUGUACAGUGUAUGGAAAUGAAAUAUAGGGCGUAUAAUUAGGAUAUAGCAUUACAAAUCAUACAUUAUUUAAGAUAUAAAUGUGUACACUUUAUAUUAUAAUGAGAGAUACCUAUUUUGCAUUUAUA